AUGACGACCACACGAAUGUCGCCGGAUGACUUUGAAUUUGAGAAAACAUUAGGUACAGGGGCCUUUAGUAAGGUUUUGGUUGCGCGUUACAUCCCGAAUGGUAUGCGAUAUGCUGUGAAACUUAUUUCAAAGCGAAAAAUCCUCACCGCUCCUUCGGAUGAGGAAAGGAAUCGUAUGGCUGAAGUGGCGCGAAGGGAAACUCGCAUGCUUCUUAUGUGCAAACACCCAAAUAUAGUUCGUUUUCUUGCCUCGAUGCAGACACCGGAUGAUCUCAUGUACGUGACCGAAUUGUGCGACGGAGGAGAGCUUCUCCACGCCAUUACAUCGCGCCAAAAGCUACCCCUUGACGCCGCACGUUAUGUUUUAGCGGAACUUUUUUCUUCUGUCUGGUACCUGCACUAUGCACCUAAGCAAAGCCUUCCGAUUGUUCCUAAUGCACCUUUGAAGCCAAUUACCAUUUUACACCGUGAUAUUAAACCAGAAAAUAUAAUGCUUACAAGCAGCAAGCAUAUUAAGCUUAUUGAUUUUGGCACAGCAGUGGUGUGUCAAUCUGCUGAUGAACGUCCAGAGGGUGAACAAUCUAGUAAAGGUCGUGCCCAGACGUUUUGCGGUACGACGCAUUAUAUGUCGCCUGAGCUUUUACAAGACAAUUAUACCUGUACUGCCUCUGACUACUGGGCAUGUGGCUGCGUAUUAUAUCAUAUGUUGGUGGGAAGACGUCCCUUUGAUGAGCCAACAGAAUAUCUUCUCAUAAAAAGUAUACUUGAAAAGGAGCCUCACUACCCUGAAGACUUGGAUAGCGAUGCGAAAGAUCUGAUAUCAAAGCUUCUGAUAAAAAAUCCCGUUCAGCGUCCUGGCAUGGAGGAAGUAAAAAGGCACCCAUUCUUUGAAAAUGUUGAUUUUGAGAAUCUUACAACGAAGGAUUUGUCAAGUUUUUGGAUUCGCAAGGUCGAGUGGGUGGAUGACUCAACGGUUAGCUCAUGCAAGGGAUGUGAUAGAUUAUUUGGCUUUUGGAGACGACGGCAUCACUGUCGGAAUUGUGGGAAAGUUUUCUGCAACUCCUGUUCGUCUAACACCUGUGUGAUACCAGAAUCAUCAUAUACAGACCCUGAGCGAGUCUGUGACGCCUGCUUUCAUGAGGUUGAGAAUGCCUGA